GUUAACAACAAUCUUAAGCAACCGAACCUCAAAGAUCAUAUGAUAUGAGUCACGGUGUGCGUUGCUACCCCAACCUCGCUCUGAACGAGUAAAACACCACUCCGAAGCUAACCCGCGCUUCUUCAAUGGCUUCCAUGCCUUUCUCCACUCUCUGCCUCGGCUUCGUAGCUUCGGACAGAUUGAGGUUCGGUGGUGGCUGUUCGGCGAUCAGGUUCGGAAGGGUUCGGAAAAUUGGAAUCCCCGUUUGCAGAGCAGGUUCUGCUGUUGCUUUCCGAGACCUAGACGCCGAUGAUUUUCGCCACCCUCUUGAUAAACAGAAUACGCUGAUACUGAGAGCAAUUCCGGGAUUAAAUGAAUUGGGAAAAGCUCUUCUAGGAACUGUAACAGAGCAAGUCAUGCUCCUUGAGAACAUAGGGACAUCUGUCCUUGUUUCUAAAAAUCAGCUUCCUGAUCUUCACCACUUAAUGGUGGAAGCAGCUGACAUAUUAAAUGUUGAGGCCCCUGAUCUAUAUGUUCGUCAAAGUCCUGUGCCAAAUGCAUAUACAUUAGCUAUAACUGGUAAACGACCAUUCGUUGUUGUUCAUACUAGCCUUGUGGAGCUCCUGACAAGAGCAGAGUUUCAGGCUGUUUUGGCUCAUGAGUUGGGUCACCUAAAAUGUGAUCAUGGAGUGUGGCUUACAUACGCAAAUAUUCUAACCCUUGGGGCGUAUACUGUACCUGGCAUUGGUGGUAUGAUAGCUCGGACUUUGGAAGAGCAAUUAUUCCGCUGGCUUCGAGCUGCUGAGAUGACUUGUGACCGUGCUGCUCUUCUAGUUGCUCAAGACCCUAAGGUCGUCAUCUCGGUUCUCAUGAAAUUAGCUGGGGGAUGCCCAUCUAUGGCUGAUCAACUAAAUGUGGAUGCAUUCCUGGAGCAAGCUCGCUCUUAUGAAAAAGCUGCUUCCAGCCCGGUUGGGUGGUACAUAAGGAAUGCACAAACAAGGCAACUAUCACAUCCCCUGCCUGUUCUGCGUGCUAGUGAAAUUGAUGAAUGGUCAAGAAGUCCAGCUUACAGAUCCCUUUUGAAACGUGGAAUACAGAUCACAUCACUACAACAAAAUGUCUAGCCGUGCCUGCAUUGAUUUUGUUCAAAAUGAAAAACAGCUCAAUGUUCUUCCUGUGCAGGGUGGCAGAUGGUCAAAAGAUGUCAGGAAGCAAUAGGAUUUAUUAUGGAUCUACGGCUGCUGCAAAACUCUUAUCCUGUACUAAUACUGUAAAUCUAUACAUGUAUAUUUACUGUAAUUAUUAUUUUAGUCAACCUGUAAGUAGAAUUUUGAUGACAAGAAGGAUUAUUAUUUCAUAGAAAUCUUGGCGCUUGGAAAGGAAAGAAUAUAA